GUCUGUAUUCACAACUCUUUGUUGUUAACCAGGUCUAUCGUCGACGCUCAAUAUGGCCUCACAUUUGGCAAACAUCUUUGGAACUGAACAGGACCGAGUGAACUGUUCCUUCUACUAUAAAAUCGGUGCUUGUAGACACGGGGAUCGCUGUUCCCGAAAACAUAUCAAGCCUUCUUUCUCCCAAACUAUACUCCUGCCCAAUGUUUACCACAACCCCGCUCACGACCCAGUGUGCAAGCUGACGGAGCAGGAGCUGCAGGAGGGAUUCGAUGCUGUAUAUGAGGACCUGUACUGCGAACUGGCGAAGUUUGGGCAUCUUUUGGAGCUUCAUGUAUGUGAUAAUGUCGGUGAUCAUCUCAUCGGCAACGUAUAUGCUCGCUACGAAUGGGAGACGGAAGCACAAGCUGCAGUUGAUAAUUUGAACAAUCGGUGGUAUGCUGGCCGUCCCUUAUAUGCUGAAUUAUCUCCGGUCACAGACUUCAGAGAAGCCUGCUGUCGACAAAAUGAGAAUGGAGAGUGCAACCGCGGAGGUUUCUGCAAUUUCAUGCAUUUACGGUUACCCUCGAAGGAGUUAGCACGCCAGUUACGACACGGGCAAGAAUUGGAGCGCAAAUUGCAUCCACCGAAGACUGAUGGCGGUGCUGGCGGAUGGGAGCCUCCGAAGCGAAGUGGUCGCAGCGCGAGUCCAAGGAGAGGUGGACGAGACGGUGAGGAUAGGUGGACCCGCAAGGGAACGGGAGAGGAUCGGUGGACGCGGAAAGGUGGUGAAGGUGAGGACCGAUGGACGAGGAAGUAGAGUCCUUGCAUUGCUCAGUGCCGUUAUCCGCGUGCGUUGGCCAUUGUAUCAUUCCGUGGUGUAUUAAUUUCGUUCCCUAUCGUUGGGACAUAUCAAUCAGGUCAAUGCUAGCUCGAUUUGCGCUUGAUUGACUCGUCACCUUUACGGAGCAUGCCUUCCGUAUCGAAUGAUGUGACACCUUUCAUCAUUGUCGUUGACUCAUGGCAUGUACUAAGUAGCCCCGCCGGUUGGCAUAAUCACCCGG